CUGUGACCAGCUUCUUCCUGCCUCGGGAAUAGAAACAGACACAUGCAAAAUGUGGGAUGAGAUUCGUUGCAAGCACUGACUAAUUAAGGAGUGCCCAAGGGCAGCUGUGUCUGCCUGUUGCAUCAAAAACAAGGCUUAAAAGACUGGCCACAAUUCCUGGUCCAUGACUAGCAUGCAGGUCUACUUGGAAGCAGCAAGCCCCACUGUCUUACUCACUGUGCCCUCUAAGGCGUGCGCAUGUGCAUACGCUCAUCACACAUUUUCUGAUGUCCGCUCAGUGGAUUUUAGAUCCCGCUCAGGUUGAAUCAGGGAGGCCCCACUCUGAAAGCACAUGCGCGCACACUGCCAUGAUACUGCCACCCAGGACCAAACUCAUUCCGCACACAGAUGAAAAAAAUGAGAACACUGGUCUUACUUCCAACCAAGUGUGUCCAGGCUCUUGGUUGAAAUACUAAACAGACUUACUGGGAAGUAAGCUCCAUUGAAGAUUGUGGGGCUUGAUUUAUUGAUCAAAUCGGUGUCACCUCUUAGCGACCACACGGAUAGAUUCUCUCCAGGAUGACCUGUCUUCCACUUGGCCUUGAAGGUCUCUCCGUGGUGCCUUCAUUGCUGUCGCCAUCGAGUCCAUCCACCUUGCUGCUGGUCGUCCUCUUCUUCUCUUGCCUUCAACGUUUCCCAGCAUUAUGGACUUCUCAAGGGAGCUGGGUCUUUGCAUUAUGUGUCCAAAGGAAAAGUGAGUAUGAUCUCCUGGUCAUUGGAGGAGGAUCGGGUGGCCUUGCGUGUGCAAAAGAAGCGUCCCAGUUUGGAAAGAAGGUAGCUGUAUUAGAUUAUGUGGAUCCUUCUCCUAAAGGAACCAAGUGGGGACUUGGUGGUACAUGUGUAAAUGUUGGCUGCAUUCCUAAAAAGCUGAUGCACCAAGCAGCUCUUCUGGGGAGUUCCCUCAAGGAUGCCCAACGUUAUGGCUGGCACGUGUCUCAUCCUGUGAACCAUGACUGGUCCACGAUGGCAAAAGCUGUUCAGAAUCAUGUUAAAUCCUUGAACUGGGGACACCGAGUGCAGCUACAGGACAAGAAAGUGAAGUACUUCAACCUGAAAGGCAGUUUUGUGGACUCGCAUACGAUCCGUGGGUCGACAAAGUCAGGAAAAGAGACCUUGCUCACAGCAGAAAACAUAGUCCUUGCCACUGGUGGGAGGCCCAAAUAUCCUGCAAAUAUUUCAGGGGCAUUGGAGUAUGGGAUUACAAGUGAUGACCUCUUCUGGCUGAAAAGAUCUCCUGGGAAAACGUUGGUGAUUGGGGCCAGCUAUGUUUCCCUUGAGUGCGCUGGCUUUCUCACAGGCCUUGGACUGGAUGCCACCGUCAUGAUGAGAAGUAUCCCCCUUCGAGGAUUUGACCAGCAAAUGGCCGCCUUGGUGACGGACUACAUGCAAGCCCGCGGCACGAGAUUUCUCAAGAACUGCAGCCCGACGAAAGUCAAGAAGGCGGACAGUGGCAAACUGCGGGUAACGUGGAAAUACGCGGAUUCCGGCAAAGAAGACACUGGUGAAUUUGACACCGUGAUGUGGGCAGUAGUGUCUCUGUUUCAAGGACGAGCCCCUGACACCAGAACUCUGAAUCUGGAGAUUCCUAGGGUGAAAAUAAACUCUGCGACAGGAAAGGUCAUUGUGGACGCAAGUGAAGCCACUUCGGUUCCUCACAUUUAUGCCAUCGGAGACAUAACAGAGGGUCGCCCUGAACUCACACCAACAGCGAUCUCUGCAGGGAAGUUGCUGGCCCGGCGGCUGUUUGGCCAUGCGACAGAACUCAUGGAUUACGACAACGUGCCCACCACAGUUUUCACUCCCCUGGAAUAUGGCUGCGUCGGACUCUCAGAAGAAGAAGCUACCAGACGUUUUGGCCCAGAUAGCACAGAGGUAUACCAUGCAUUUUAUAAGCCGCUGGAAUUUACCGUGGCCGAAAGAGACGCAGCUCAGUGUUACAUCAAAAUGGUGUGCAUGCGUGAGAAAGAACAACAGAUCCUUGGCCUUCAUUUCAUUGGUCCAAACGCCGGCGAAGUUAUUCAGGGCUUUGCCCUUGGAAUCAAAUUGGGCGCCACUUAUUCACAAAUGAUGAAGACCAUCGGCAUUCAUCCUACUUCCGCUGAGGAAGUCGUCAAACUGAACAUCACAAAGCGGUCACGGAAAGAUCCGACAGUCACUGGCUGUUGAGGUUAAGUGCCAUCCCUGGCUAAGAAAUGAAAGAGCACUAUGGCAGAAGCCAUCUGGAGAAAGAGAGAGAGAGUGGUGGGGGGACAUCUGGAAGUGGAAGACCAGAAGCUACACGUAAAUCUAGAUCUCUGCUGCUGGCUUAGAAUGGAUGGCGAGGCAGCCUACGUGGAAACAAACGGGAUUUUCUCCUUUCCUGAUGGAUUCUGCUUUGUGCUCUCCGGGGAUGGCCGUUUCUGUAACCCUAUCGGCCAGCUAACGUCGACUCGAAUGGCCUGAUGGAUGCUUCAGAUGAUUUCCUGUGUGUGCAGAGUUGGGAAAAGUGCCUUUUGCCGAAUAAAUACGAUCAGGCCGCCCGCCCUGCUGAAUGCCAGCUAAUGACGGCUUGUGUAUUAAACCACACGUUGGAGUAGACAAGCUUGAUGUUUGCUGGGUCCUUAUUCCACACAAAUGAUCCCGUUUAUAUUUAUUGUAGAUGAGCUAGUAGCAAAAAUAAAGACCUCAUUUUUCCCCCCCAA